CUUUCAUCUUCCUCCUCUUCCUCUAGCAACCCCAUUCCGCUGUUCACACGCUACUUGGCACAGCACUGCACAGCGCUGCAUGGCACUGCGAGCGAACCCCCCCCACCCUCCUCUAACAGGCCCAGGUGGCCGCAGCCGCUUUGACCUUGAUCCUGGCUUCAUCCCUCUUCGCCUGCUCCUCUCUCUCUCUCGCUCUCUCUUGCAUCUACUAGGCAUCUCCUCGUCCUUUUCCUUAUUCUCGACAGCGUCGAUCACUCUGGCCCUGCUUGCAAGUCCACGGCUGCGCUACUUGGUCUCGAAUUCACCGCCCAGUGCGUGCGAGCAAGCUAGCUAGCGAAUGGACAAGCUGCCGUUGGACGCCCACUGUAUACCCUGCUACUUCUAUCAAGCACCAACCAUAGCGCUCGGGCACGGAUUGCGUGUCGCUAAGCCCUUGCGAGAGCAUAUGAAGAUCGACCUAGAGCG